UAAAUAAGACUCAAAUUCCAGCAUUCAGCUUCACAAUACCCUCAAGUCAUCUCAUCCAAGUAUACCUAAGGUAUUCAUCCAUCCAUCCACCACCAAAAAUGCACAUCACCACCACCCUCCUCACCACAGCAUCCGCCCUCCUCAUCCUCCCCACCUUCACCGCCGCCGCCGGCAACGCCGUCGUCACCAACAACUGCAACACCCCGAUCUACCUUUGGUCCGUCGGCGGCUCCGUCGGCCCCCGCCAGACCAUCGCCCCCGGCGCCAGCUACACCGAGGCCCUCCACUACGACCCGGCCUCCGGCGGCGUCGCCCUCAAGAUCACCAAGACCUCCGACGGCCUGUACGACGGCAGCCCCCAGCUGAACUACGCCUACACCCUCGACGGCGCCAAGACCUGGUACGACCUGUCCAGCGUGUUCGGGAAUGCCUUCGCCGGCUCGGUUCUGAGUGUCAAGCCCAGCGAUACGUCCUGCCCCAAGAUCUGUUGGCCGAAUGGGGUGAACCCGGGUGGCAGUCAGGUGAAGACUUGUCAGGCGGGAAGUAAUGAGGUUUUGACGGUUUGCGCGGCUGCGUGUUAGGUUUAGUCUUUCGGGGAUUGAUUGGGGGAGGGGGAAAGGGGGGUAAGGAGACUGGUAGUUGAGUUUGGGUUG